GAAUAAAACGGAUUCAAUAGGUAUUAUCUGACAACAUCUAAACACGGCGUAAUAUUGCCCACCCUAUUGUAAUUUUACGUUAUGUAGUUUUUAAGAUACAGCGAUCACUGAGUGGUUAUAUGCCUGGCUGCAGCACUAGUACCUAUAGCACUAGUAUUAUAUAUUAACAGUGUAUACAUUACACGACGUAAUAUGUGCAUGCAACAUCUAAGCGCCAUAUACCUACGUCAAACAAUGUAUUUACCUAUGCCGCUGACCCAUAUUGUUAGACGUUAGAGAUUCACGUCCAUAUAAUACACGAGUACACUACAAUGACGCCUUCUGUCCUAAACCGGUGGUAGGGAUCGAUCCCAAUUCGGCGCCGUCGCAGAAGCUUAUAAAAAGGCAUGUAAGAGGGCAGACACCCUUAGUGUAUCACUAUUCGUUUUUCGUUUCACUUUUUUGCAUUGUGCCGAACUGUAAUCUGUUAUAUCUUAAUUCUUGAUCGUAAAACGCCCGAUUUUAAUAAAUGAUGGAGUCCUUAAUAAGACAAUUUUAUGUUUUCUUUUUCAUUGCAUUAUUUUCAUCGUGGGUAGCAGCCAUGUGGAUCGAAGAACCUACGGAUAAAAAAAUUAAAAAACAAACCUUGAGUUAUACGGGCCAACUAUGUCCUCCAUUUGGAUUAGGGGUACGUUAUGAAGUUACCACGAUACAAACAGCGACGACAAUGUUCGGAUGCACCUACUUGGAACACAACCAUACGGUACUCGCUGCACCAGUAUUUAAUUUGUGGCUUGAACGUCCGGGGAAAACCAGCAAUCAUGGUCAUUGUAAAGACAUGCGUAACAUGGACCACUUCACUUUUGAGUGUAUUUCAAAAAAGGAACCUACUAAGAAGGAAGAGAUUUCUAAAGGCUGGCAUUAUGUUACAUUAUUAGAUCAUUCCCAGUCAAGCAUCUCACAGGAUAACAACAACCCGGUUUUCAGAUGUGCCGUGUAUGAAGUGAAUGAUGCUCCUGCUGAGGGUGUCAAAAUAAUUCGAAUGGCGAUCAGUGCACCUAGCAAAGAGCAAAUGCACGAAGACCUGUGUGCCAGUCUGUCAAGAACUAUGGAAAAGGAUGAUCUACCAUACACUUCAGAAGGGCACCGAACUUGGCCUGAUGAGUCAGUGUACCUUUAUAUGUUAGGAAAGCCAUCCCUUGAUGGACCUCCCAGAAACCAAAAGGAAAUAGUCAAAUACCCUACCAGUCAUCCAAUGAAAUCAACGACUACAACGCAAUUAACAACAAUGGAAUUAACAACAACGAACCCCAUAAGAACUACAAGAUAUAAUAAGAAACUUAUGGAAUACCUAAAUAGCCGUACAACAACUACAAUGAUGCCAGAUCCCCAAGACGUUUUUGACCAUUUACAUUCGUUUGUAAUUGGUCGAGAAUGACCAUCUUGUCUAGAUCAAUGAAUAUGUCUAUAGAUGUAACCAUGAUGAAUAUAUUAUAUUUUUUAAAUUAUA